CAGCAAGCGAAAAUAAUUUCCUUGGCGACGCAUAGAAACAAUUGUGAGAAGACUAAGAUAAGUAUAUAAAAAAGUUUAUAAAAAUGGCAGAAUCGGAAUCAGAAUCGCAGGGAGCCUCAGGAACUAAACGCUUAUUUAUCAAUCAUGUCGAUACAUAUACAGGAAAGGCAGUUUCUAAGUUUCUUUCACAAUGUGUGGUUGGAGCAUCUUUAGAGGAGAGGGAUGAAGAGGAGGAUGCAGCCUCAAUAACAAGUGACCAGUUGCCUCCCAAGGAAGGUGUAUGGAAGGUCAGUGGCACACUAAAGAACCCUGAACAUGAGAAGCCAGACUGGGUCCAAGAGAUUCUCCAUGUGGAGGAGAAAAUUCAGAUGUUGGAGCAUCUAACUGAAUGUGAUGUGGUAGUCUAUGAUAUCACUGAAGAUCCAGAUCAGAUCGAUGAGGCAUCAUGGGCAGUAUCAGCUAUGCAUGCAGAGUUGGAUCGCUUUGAAACCCCAAAGAUGUUUAUUUUAAUCUCAACAGUGAUGACAUGGGCUAAGAGCAAACCAGUUGACCCGGAUGAUCCCGAAAUCCCAUUCACAGAGGAAGAUUACAGACGCCGCAAGCCACAUCCUAAUUUCAAGGGACAUAUCAGUGCUGAGAAGCUUGUUAUCAAACUUGGCAAAACAAACAAAGCUAAGUUUGUGACGUACGUAGUGGCUUCUGGGUUGACCUAUGGAGCAGGAGAGAACAUCUUUCACUAUCUAUUCAAGACUGCCUGGCAUGGUGAAGCUGAUGCAUUACAAUGCUUUGGUAAUGGAAUGAACAUCCUUCCUACCAUUCACAUCAAGGAUCUUGCAGGAGUGAUUCAGAACAUUGCUGACAGUCGACCAAAGACAAGAUACCUGGUAGCAGUAGAUGAUUCACAGAGCCCAUUGGAUGAAAUAGUCAAGUGUGUGAGUCAAAGUCUUGGCAAUGGAAAGAUCAAGUAUAUCACUAAAGAGGAUGCUCUCCUCAGCAAAAGUCUGUCACAAAGUGAGUUUGACACAUUGCUGGUUGACCUGCGUGUAGAUGGCGUGUAUAUCCGUGAGAACAUGAACAUCCGAUGGGUUGCUGAGAGGGGUCUCAUAGAAAGCAUUCCAGAGAUCAUCAAGGAAUACAAGACAACCAGGAAACUCUUGCCCAUGAGAGCAUGUGUCCUUGGUCCACCAGCCAGCGGGAAGACAUCUAUCGUAGCAGCUCUCUGUAAGCACUACAAGCUUCAUCACAUCAAGAUCAAGGAUGUCAUUGAUGAGGCCAUUGAAACACUGGAGAAAAGUGCUGCUCGUGCUGAUGGUGAUGAGAAUGAAGAUGAUGAUGGCAAGGCCCAGGAGGAUCAGGAACUUCUUGAUGCUAUCAUGGAGAGCAAACAGUCUAACAAUGACCGUAUUGAAGAGCAGUAUAUCAUCCGGUUCUAUCGUGACAAGCUUCACUCCAUGCCAUGUCAGAACCAAGGUUUCAUCCUGGAUGGUUUCCCUAAGACCAUUGAUCAGGCAAAGGAACUAUUUGCAGUGGAUGAAGAGGAAGAGCAGGAGGACAAUGGUAAGAUGCCUGUCUAUGACCGUGCAACCAUGCCGGAAUUCGUCAUCUCACUGGACAGCACCGAUGAUUUCCUCAAGCAACGCAUCAUGAACCUUCCAGAAAGCGUGGUAGCCAAGACGCACAACACGGAGGAUGGAUUCAACAGACGAAUCACCGAGUUCAGAGCUUUGAAUGAAGAGGAUACCACUGUGCUCAACUACUUUGAUGAGCUUGAGAUACACCCAGAGCAUCUUGAUAUCACCAAGGAAGCCGAUGUGGAGAACAAGAACCUGAUGGACCAACUGAUUAAGAUCAUGGGUAAGCCCAGGAACUAUGGCCCAACCAAGGAAGAGCUGGAGGAAAUGGAGCGCCUGGAGACUGAACAGAGACUCAAGAAGGAGCAGGAAGAGAGGGAGAAUAUUGAGAGGAUGGAGGCAGAGGAGCUGGCUCUUAAAGAACAGAGACAAGCAGAAUGGACAUCUCGUUUGGAAGAGGUGAAGAGACAAGAGAAGGAACUUCUUGAGAAUCAGUCUAUUCCUCUAAGGAACUACUUGAUGAAACAUGUCAUGCCAACACUUACACAAGGACUCAUUGAAUGCUGUAAGGUCAGACCUGAUGAUGCCAUUGACUACUUGGCGGAAUACAUCUUCAGAAACAACCCACAGGUUGAUUGAUUCAUCAUUGGUAACUAAGAGAAUAAGAGAAGAAUAUCUACAAGUAAAGGAUAUCUACUCAGCGGAAAUCCAUUCUUCAAGUUCCACACUUCACAGCAUUAUAUAAUUCUCAUUCUGUAAUGAAACUGCCUGAUGUAUGUUUCAAAUAAGGCAGCAGAACCCCUGUUUUGAAACUCAAAUGUACAGAUAACGAAAACAUUGAAAACAGAGCUCUUCACUUCUCUAAAAACUUAAUUCCUCAAAGACAUCUGAAAUAUUUUAAGGACGUGUCUUUAGUGGAGUUAAGUUUAAAUCAACAAUCCAUAAAACAUGGACGACAAGUCGGUUUGUAAACUGAAUGUUUUGUGCAAAAUUCAUCACAUAUGGAUGAGCCCAUCUUCAUCCUGCAAAAUUUAUCCACUUGGAAUCUUCACAACAAGAAGAAGAAAAAAUCUUAUCACUAGAUGCAUAUGAACUUCCUGAAAAUACAGGUAUGAAUACUUGUUCAGAGAGAAAAAAAGACCAAACAAUUACAAAUGUAAUUGCUACUUAUUUCUCAAGUUGAGAUGAUGUUUUUGUACUUGGAUUGUACUGAAGUUUCUUAGAUAUUGAAAAUAAAAGUUGUUUUUGAUAAUGUGCACCGAUUCUGUAUAUAGAAUUCUAGAUGUAUUCAACCAGCAAUUAAUUCAUAUUCACAACUUAUGCAACAUCUGUGUUGGUGUACUGUUUCUCCGUCCAAGAAUAGCGAAACAGCCUUGUUUAAUAGAAAGCCUUGUCUAUUUAAUGUUACCAUUCCAGAUUUAUUGAUAUAGUGAUAUUUAUGAGUUAUCAGAUAUGAAAUUAUUAAUUGAUGGAUUCUAAAUUCUCUCUGUGCUGAAUUUCAAAAUGUUAAGAUUUUGAUUAUUUAUCUCAAUUGUAUUUCUAUUGCACUGAAUUGAAGCUAAAACAGAAACUAUAUUCUGUUUGUAAUAUUGAUCACAUAGAGAAUUGUAAUAUCCAGACAAACAUGUAAAUAAGAUGUUCAAAUGAACUUUAAAUACCACAACAGCCUAUAUCAUUGGUAAAUGAACUACUUAGUGUCUAUAAAGUUCUGUACAUGUGUACAUAUCUAUUAUAUUGUACAGUUCAUUGAAUUCAUGCCUUACACUGUGAGCCUAUCUUCUAUAUCCUCAGAUUACAUUUUGUAUGAAUGUAAAAUGAAUAAAGAUUGUAUUUGAACACUA